AUGAUGAAGGGAGACAAGGACUUGAUGAAAGAUGACGGCGUGGUAGUCGAGGCAUUCAGCGAUGCCGACUACGCUGCAGACAAGAGUGACCGGAAGUCGGUUAGCGGUGGUGAGUUCAUAGAGGGCGGCAUGAUUGUAGGCUGGAUGUGCAAGAAACAGAAAUGUGUUGCAUUGUCAACGAUGGAAGCCGAGUAUGUGGCGGCUUCGCAAACAUCGGCUGAGAUGAUAGGCAUCGUGGAAUUGCUCAAGGAGAUCGGCGUGCAGAUGCAGUCAUGUACGACUUUACACGUGGAUAACCAAGCUGCCAUCGCUCAAAUAAAGGGCGAAGACACAUCUGGGCGAGCGAAGCACAUCGACGUGCGAUACAAGUUUGUAAAAGAUCUUGCAAAAAAGGAUUGA